CCUGUUUCUUUAUUCCACUAUAACUUUUGAAAAACCUAAUGACAAGUGCUUGUAACAGCCUAGACUGAAUGAAUAAUUUUGAUUUGAUUUAUAUACAUCAUUUUGAAAAGUAUGAAAAGCUUUUAUAUUUUGAUAUGGCAAUGUGGGUAUCAAAUUAAAGAAUUUGAUGAGUUAGUUCCAAAAAUCUAUUAUUUGUAUACAUUAAAAGGUCACUUAGAAGAAUCAAAUUAAAAUAAAUAAUUUAAAAACACAACUGCAUCAAACUAAACGAAACAAGUAGUAUUAUGGCUUGGCUAAACUUCUCAUUGCAGUUGAGGGUUUGCAGUUGAACCUCUUGGUUACUUACAAAUGUUCCAGAGAAUAGGGCAUUCUAGUUUGUUUGAAAUAAUACUCGUAACCAUUUAAUUAAAAAAAGUCAUAAAAUAAAUAUAUCGUAAAAAUUAACAUUGUUAUUGUUGUGGGGUUCUGCCGCUAGCAUUCAAGAUAUUUUUGUUCUAUGAAAGAGAGUUGUCCAUGUUAUAUUUAAUUUAUGGUGUAGGGAAUCUCUCAGAGAAAUAUUUAGAGAAAUAGACUGUUGCUUCUCAACACAUCUAUGAAAAUAUUAUGUAUACAAGAAAAAAAGUAGUGUUCUUAAUCUUAACACAAGAAAUCAUAAUUAACUUGCCAUUCAAGCUUCAGAUUUCAGAAAACUAGAGGAUCACUUUUGGUAAAUGCAGUGCUAUGUUCAAUAAAGUUCCACAAAAUGUAUACCAUAAAUAAAUUUAAAAUUAAUGUGAAGAUCAUACUUACAAGUAAAGGUUAUUAUUAUAAAGUAGAUGAUUAUUUUAAGGAUCGCAAUUGCAUGGAAUUAAUAGCCUUCGCUUUGUUAUAUAACGUACAACGUAGGUAAUACCUACAGACUUUGAAAUAUUACAGUAUUUAUUAUAAUACAUAUUAUUUUGGUAAUGACAUUAUUUAUGUAUGACAAAGAGCCGGUAAGUUUCUUUCGCUCGUCUUUUAACUGACAGGAGGGGGAGGGGAAAAGAUUUUUUUUUGACUAUUCAAAAGUGCUCGUAUUAAUCGUAGGUCACUCGAAUAAAGAGAUAUUUUUAUUAAAUUUAUUGUAAAGAGGCAUAUGAUAUAUAAGUAUUGAUUGAUUGGCAGGUGCGCGGCGGUGGAGGGGCGCGUGGAGGUGCUGCGCGUGCUGGCGGACGCGGGCGCGGACGUGGACGCGUGCAGCGACAGCGGCUCCACGCCCGUGCGCUCCGCCUGCUUCAUGACGCACCUGGACGUGGUGCGCUUCCUGCUGCAGCGCGGGGCCGACAUCCACCGGCCCAACCACAACGGCGGCACGUGCCUCAUCAACUCCGUGCAGUCCGUGCGCCUGUGCACCUUCCUGCUGGAGCGCGGCGCGCGCGUGGACGCGCAGGACAUCCAGCGCAAGACGGCGCUGCACUACGCCAUCCAGGAGCACCGCCUGGAGACGGCGCGCCUGCUGCUGGACCACGGGGCCGACCCGCAUCUGGCGUCGCGCGCGGGGGACGACGCGCUGCGGAUCGCCUGCCUCAAGGGGGCCGCGCAGGUGGUGUCGCUGCUGUGCUCGCGCGUGCGGUACAGCGCGGCGCGCGUGGCGGACGCGUACGAGGUGCUGGGCGCCACGCAGCUCGACGAGUUCAACGACGUGACGGCCGCGCUGGCCGCCUGGCGCCGCGCCACCGCCAUCCGGCACGGCGGCGGCGGCGGCCGGUACAUAGAGAAGACCGGCUUCUGCUGCGAGGCGGCGUCGCGCGCGCUGGGCGGGGCCCGCGAGUGGCGGGGCGCGGACGAGCUGGAGCUCAUCGCCACGGACAUGGACGCGCUGCGCACGCACGCGCUGCUCGUGUGCGCGCGCGUGCUGGGCGCCGACCACAAGGACACCGUGCUGCGGCUCAUGUACAGGGGGGCGUCGUACGGCGACGCGUUCCGGUACCAGCAGUGCAUCGACCUCUGGACGUGGGCGCUCGAAAUACGCAUACAGAAGGACUCCCUGCUGUACACGGGUACGUAUCGGUCGCGACGUCGUCGGGCGUGUGUAUGUAUAUAUGAUGUAUGUAUGUACGUGUGUGUGUCCGCAGACACGUGCCACACGGCGUGCGCGCUGACGCGGCUGAUGCUGGACGCGAGCGCGGGGCGGCUGGAGCGCGCGCGGGACCUGCCGCGGCACGAGGACGUGAUGCGCGUGUUCACGCUCAUCGCGGACAACCUGCCGGAAUGCCGGCGCGCGCUGGAGGUGCGGCCGGUGCACCGCAAGCAGGCGGAGACGUUCGACCGCGCGCUGCGCUGCGUGACGCACCUGCUGGUGCUGUGCCUGCGCACGUGUGACGUCACGGCGGCGGGCGGCGCGCAGCGGCUGGCGCGCGUGCGUGACGUCACGCGCGCGCUGGUGCAGGCGGACGUGCGCAGCGCGCACACGGGCGACACGCUGCUGCACCUGAGCGUGUCCUGCCUCAACGUGAUCCGCUCCACGUACUUCGCCGACGAGCCGCCGCUGCCGCCCAUGUUCCCGUGCGUGGAGGCGGUGCGGCUGCUGCUGGCGGCGGGCGCGCGCGUGGACGCCCGCAACGGCGCGCGCAGCACGGCGCUGCACGUGGCGGCCGCGCCCUACAACUUCAGCUCCGAGCUGGUGGAGACGCUGCUGCAGCACGGCGCGCACCUGGACCAGCCCAACCGCUUCGGCGACCUGCCCGCCGCGCUCGUGCUGCAGCACGCGGGCAGCCGCGUGCGCGUGCUGCAGCACGUGAGCCUGGCGUGCCUGGCCGCGCGCGCCGUCGUGGCCGCCCGCCUGCGGCCGCCGCCCCGCGCGCUGCCCGCCACGCUGCGGGCCUUCCUCGACCUGCACCGGCCCUAGGCCCCUCCUCUGCGGACUCGUCGUUUAUUAUGGAUGCGAAUUCGUGUGUCGCGUGCGGCUUCGA